AUGGAGGGGCCGAAAACCCUGGGCCCCUGUGGCCACUACCACCCUCAGUGCCCCCAGACCCCAGCACUGUGCCACGGACGAUGCCUGGAGCAGCCCUGCCAAGGAUUUGUAAGGGGGCCCUGCCUGGCCCCGCUGUUCUCCAUGUACCCAGUGGGGUCUGUGAGGCCCUUCCCAGUCCCAGAUCGGAGGGUGGGGGCCCAGGUAGAGGGCGAGGCAUAUGGGGGCACCCCUUUGGUGCAGAAACCAGUGGGAGGGACCCCAGCCUCGUCCAGGGCAGAGCCUCCCCAGCCCCAGAGGCCGCCGCUGAUGCCUACAGAGCUCUCCCCUGUCCAGCUGGAGCAGGAGAACCGGUGUUUGAGAAAACAGAACCAGGACCUGCAACAGCAGCUGGGGGCGCUCAUGGGGCCGAGGUACCAGUUUCUGCCCUUGAAAAAGGCCACCCGCCCUGACCCCGCCCUCUCCACGCUCCGCCCCCAGCACGAGCUGCAGCAGAUCCGGCUGUGCUUCGAGAGGAAGAAGAUGGCCAUCACUGAGGUGUGGGACGGCGUGGCUGAGGUGCACCUGGCACUGAGCAACCAGGCCACCGGGCUGCUGAACCUCAAGAAGGACAUCCGGGGCGUGCUGGAGCAGAUGGAGGACAUCCAGCUGGAGAUUCUGGGGGACCAGGCCCAGGGCCACCCCCGGGUCAAGAAGGAAGAGCAGCUGACUUGCAUACCGAAGGCGAAGCCACAGGUGGGCUGUUCGGAGGGCUUCAAAGGCCAGCUCUGGCUGCUGGCCCUGAGACUGCUGCUGGGUGCCCUGCUGGCCUGCAUCACCGCCUACGUGUACGUGGUGGACCCCAUGCCCUUCGAAGGGCUGGUGCCACCCUUGCUGAGCCGAGCCGCCGUCUGGAAGCUCCGGGGCCUCCUGGGCCCCUUUCUGCACCUCGAGGUGGACGACUUCCUGCCCUUCUAGGA